UAUAAAGCUUCGCAACGUCUCAAGCGUGAAACGCGUCUAUUGCCUUGCGAGAAGGUGGGAAAAAAACUCUAAAGAACUAAGUCCUUGGGCUCAUCAUUCUCGUUAUUAAGGCCAUAAGACACGAUUUUUUCAACCACGUUAUCCUCUAUUUUCAUAUGCACAUUUUUGAGGAUAUUUCUGAAAUCAUAAAAUAACGUGGAAGUUGUUGCUGAGGCGGAAGUGAAAGUAGGUCAGCCUAAUGUGCGUUUUUUUCCUGAUUAACCUGCAUGACGUAUCCUAGAGAUUCCACUGGAACCACAGUAAAACAACCAACAAACUUAAACCACAUGCUACAGAAAACAAGGCAAGACGCACGCGCCACUCUCCCCUGAAGAGAAGCGCGUGAGGCUUGGUGCUCAUCAGUCACAUUCUGGGCUUGCGGUCACGCGAGGUCGUCGGCUGGCGUGUGGUGCUGACGGCGGUUGUCCAGAGAAGGCAUGUUUUAGCCUGACAAGAAGCCGGAACUGGAAAUCUGGCCAGGCCAGGGCUCGGUUAUCCUGCUGAACGAUUGGCAGCGGAGUUGGUGAGCUACAGUCAACCACAGGUUUCUCUUAGCGAGCAGUUAUCGCCUUGUAAGGAUCCCGAGUUUUGCAGACACUACCUUUAAACUUGCGUACUCUGAACUUUCGAAUCGAAACAACCUUUCCAGGCGCUGAAUUUUUAUGCAGUUAGAAGAAAAAAGAAAGUUAUAACUUCAAACGGCAUGGAGACCAAUAUCACACUAUGGCAGUUCUUGUUGGAAUUAUUGCUUAGCAACCAUUACAAUCACAUCAUCACAUGGACGAAUAAUGAUGGUGAAUUCAAGCUAGUGAAUGCUGAAGAAGUUGCUCGCCUAUGGGGAUUACGUAAGAACAAGCAUAAUAUGAACUACGACAAACUUAGUCGGGCUCUUAGGUAUUAUUACGACAAGAACAUCAUUAAAAAAGUUUUGGGACAGAAAUUCGUGUAUCGUUUUGUAUCGUUUCCGGAAAUUGUGAAGACAGAAAAUAAGAUACCUUUCCACGUGAAAAUGGAGAGCAUAAAUAAGAAUGGAACCAUUGCUUUCCAUAACAGCUCGACUAAAAUAGCUUACAUUCCUUCUGGUCAGAUUUCGCCUGGCAGCUUUCUUAACGAUGAAAACUGUCCUCAAACAGCUCCUUUAGAUCUUCGAGAAGACAGCGAGAAAAAAGCAUCUUUGUCACAUGAGGUUGAGAAUAAUCCACCUUAUUCCUGGAGUAGGACUGGUCCAGCUAUUUCUGUUCCAGAAUUAAGAGAACCCGAAGAGAAAAGGCGCGUAGAAAGCGAUAUACCAAGAAGUGAUUCGACCAGCCCCAAAAGAAAUAUGUCUUCUUCAUAUUCUCCGGCAAAGAGACCAAAACUUGAAGCUGACAGCGACUCUUGCUCUUCUCCUGCUUCUCCAUCAAACUCCUUAUCUUCAAAUGGGGAUGUUAGUAUUUCACUAAAUAAGACAGGUAAAUUUAAGGUGAAGCCUCCGCCAAUAUUUCCUAUUCCUACCAGUCCAAGACCAACAUCGGAAUCAUUUGCUUCACUUCAAACUCCUCUAGUUACUUUGGCUAGCCCUUUCCUCUCCCAAAACAAGACACCAGUCAUGCCCUUGCCAUUUUGGGCGCCACUGAGCCCUUUAACGCUCUCCAGUCCUCACUAUUCGACUGGAUCUACCCAUUUCCAGUUUCCUCCUCAUCUUUCCAGUCUAGGGCUUGCCGCUUUUCCACCACUGAGCCCUUUUAUCACACACCCAAACUCGCCGUUUGAUCCCAAGUUCAUCUUUGCUCCAACAAAAUCCAUUCAGGUGUUGCAAUGAUCGGCCAAAUAUUGGAAUAUAUACACAAUGUCCAGGAACACACAAUAGUAUACUGGAAAUAUUGGUCUAACUGUAAUACACUGUUAUCUAGAAGUGUAGAAACUAAUUAAAAAACAACACAACUAGUCUUCCGUAGCCUGUAAGCAUAGAUUUAAAGACCAGUUAAAAUGCGUGAAUUUAUUUGUUGGGGCAGGGUUACUCUUUUUAAUUAGAUGCUGUGAUCACUUCCUUGUGUGCCUUUUGAUGCACUGCUGUGUUAUAAUCUAUACUAUCUUAGCUUAAAGCAAAAUUGAGGGGAAUGUGGGAAAAUGUGAUAAGUUUUUUAAGGCUUAAAUGACACGGUGAUAUAUGAAGUUAUUUGCUAUAUGUACAUGUAGGUUAGAAUUCAAAAUAUACACACGGAUUAUCAGACGUACGCAACAAAUGCGUCAAAAUAUAUUUUGAGUUUUUAUUAGUGCAGUAGAGUAAUAUUUAUGUUUCCAGAACGAAAGCUGGGUUGAUACCAGUUGAAUGUACGCUUUAAUAUCAAUAUCGACAACUCGCAUGCUGUAGACGUUUUUAACAAACAUUCAAUGGGAGGAACUUUCUCAGCCUAUUUUACACGCCGUGUGUUACGCUGUGUAAACUUUGCAUGAUUACCCCAGACUGAGAGAGGUCAAAAUAAUUAACCUUUAGUAAUACAAGUGACCUUACCUGUAGUAAAUAUGUGUAAAUUGAAACACUUCACAAGUUAAAAGCUAUGCUGGAGUGUGUAUAGCUUUGCUUUCUUGUAAAUAUUUUUGAGUUUGUAUAUAUAAACAAAUGUGAAGUUAAUAUCUAAAUCAUAAAUUUGACAUUUUUACUGGAGACAAGACUAGCCGUCAGUUAUGUACGAAAAAGGUAUAUUUAUUGAAAGUUGCUGGACAAAGUGCCAAGUAUUUAGAGAUAUAACUUUGUACUCUCAACUUACAAGCUAUAACAAAGUGUUUAAGUUCGUUUGUUCAGUGUUCAGAUGCCAGAUCAAUACUUGUAAUAAUGAUCACAACUCAAUAUCUUAAAACAUGAUUGACUAUUAUAGAUAGCACUGAAACACUCAGAAAUAUGUAUCUGAACGAAUUAUUCGAUUUUACCUUUAAACAUCAAGUUAACAUUCAUAAAUUCAAAUCUAAAUAUCAGGAUAAUUUGGGUCCGACUUUUAAUGUCUUAACCGUAUUUUGUUAAGCUAAUAGCAAAUAUAUAGCAAGUACUUUAAUUAUUUAUAAAAUAAAUAUUAAAUCUUUGUUGAUUGUCAUGUUUAAGUCUUAGUUGUUAAAAAUGACUUAAAACUGGAUUUUCUCGCAGUUUUUCUUUAAGUUGGUGGCUGUUUUGCAAAUAUCCAGUAAAAUUAUUUUUAAUGCUAAUAAUUAUUUCCCAUAUAUAAUUAGGGAAACUUUUGAAUGUUUGUUUUCUAGGCCUUUGGUCCCUCGCUGCAAUUAGGCCUUUGAUUUCCUACACGAAUGUUCCGAGCAUUAACUAAAGUUUUGGUGUGCAAUUAGGCCUUUGAUCACUAACACUAAUUUGUAAUGGAUUCGCGUUUCAAUAGAUAUAAAACGUGCAAAUUAAUCGUCACGCUUUCACGUUUUUGGAAGUUGUUUGCUAUAAACAGUGACGCAAGAUAUUUUUUCUUUUUUAAAUUCGAAAUUUUUUUAUGUUUUCUUUUUUACAUUUUUGUGGUCUGUACAAUUCUGCUUGAAUGGGUUAAAAUGAUCUGAAGUUAGAAAGCGUUGUAUAACCCGUUUUCAAUUGGUAAAAUUACAAAACUGAAGCCUUUUCCAGUCGAUUUUAAUCUAAAAUAACGCCUUUAGAUAAAGGCCUUUCUGGUAAUGUUUUUGUUGGGUGAAUCUUACUAAUUGAAAAUGAAAUUAUGUUUAAAAAGAGUAUCACCAUGAUUUCUAUGUACGUUUAAUUGUAAUUUUAUUUCAAUUGUUGAAAACUUGCGAAUUCUCCCCAAUCUCUCAGUGAAACAGUUUUUUUAGUCUCGACUAAAUCUUAUAAAAAAAUUCAGGCUUGUUUUAACAAAGCAUAACAUCUUAUGAUUUUUGUGUAUUUAAAAAUAUUUGAUAUAUAAUGUAUCUAUUUUUCAUAAAGAUAAUUAAUUAAGCAAAGUUUUCCAGAAAUAAUUGUAUUUCAUCAAGGAUCACGUUCAUGAUAAAUAAAAUCAAACAAACAUGGCUAAAUAUCCAUUGGCAACUAUGAAGAAAACGAAAAGGAGAAGAAAACCAAAGGGCAAAAAAAUAAAAAAAUGAUUAAAUGCUCUACUUGGAACUGAAUUAUGAAACUGAUUUUUUGUGUAUAUUUCUGACAGGUAUGCCAAAACUUUACAUAUUUUACCAAGCGUUCUAGUUGUUCCAUUACCUACGUAAAUAAUUUGUUUUAUGUGACGAUCACAAAUAGAAAGUGUAGACUUGACUUUCAACUGUGAGGUUUCAUUUCCUGAUCAUUACUGAAGAUGAUGAACUUAUUCUACCUCUAAAUAUUUAAUGUGCGAAUACAGUGAGUGAAUAGAUUUCAAUGAGCUGUUAUUGUUACCAGUUGUAUCAUAGCUCAUCAGGGAACGAAGAGUUUCUAGUUAUAUUUUUCUACAUAUAUAUCCUUGAUUUUUUACAACAUAGAGACCAUGAAUAACGUAUGUUUCCUGACAAUAAGCGCCUAGUCUUUGCACAUUUUCCCUGUAAUUGUAAUAUGUAUAUUGUUUACAUAAAAAUCUUAAUUUUUUUUGGACCAAGAACGUUGUAAAAAUAAACGUUCUCAUGUAUAAUAAAGCUGUUUUAUGGUCAUACUAUAAAA